GAGAAGAGAAGCGACAUGGAGGGUGGCGGGCGCAGCUACGAGUCGGGCGCCGCAGUGUUUGUCAGUCCUUCGUAUGGACAUCACGUUCGACAAGACUGAUAAUACCUGCCGGUAUUGGCAUCCGUAUAUAAGCCGUAUAACGUUUUUGGCGGCAUCAAUCAUCGACGAUAGCCGCCAACGUCGAUCGCGCAUCAAUUCCGUCCCGUAGAUGAACUCGCGGCUGUGGCACGCGCUCCCGCGAUCCCCGGUGGUAUCAUCAUCUCGCGCGCCUCGUCACUCUGUCCACGAGCGGACGAGCGCCGCGAGAUCUUUACGGACAGUGGACGAGAUGUGAAGACGUCGCCUUGGAAGCGAUGUGGCUUCCGUUUGUGCUGCUCGCCUUCAUGGCGAGCGGUUCCGCCUGUCCCGAUCUCUGCGAGUGUCAUCAAAAUGACGCCGAGAAAAACGACGCGUCGGUUUUGCUGGAUGUAACGUGUCGCGGUCGCGUACCCGGUCUAUCGGAAUUACCCGCGAUAGUGAGAAGUUUGUCGGUGAACAGUGCCGAAGGACCGGACGUUUAUGUCCUCCUCGACGAGCUGGAUGCCACCGACUUGGUGAACGAUUUUGGGAUGAACGGUGCUGCUUCGGAUAAUCUCAAGACGAACGACACGUCGAAGACGAACGACACGUCGUCGUCGGAGGAGUCGACGAGCGCAACAGAGAUUUUACCGUAUCUGGUCGAGUUCACAGUGACAAAUUGUUCGUUGGUGUCGUUGAACGCGUCCUGGCACGGUUUCGAGCGCUUGAAGUCGUUAAAUCUGUCGUGCAACAACUUGCCGCGAGUAAGGGACGUGCUGGUGAUCCGUGUGAUGAAUCUAAGCGAGUUGGCGUGCCUAGAUCUGUCGGAGAAUUCGUUAUCGGACAUCAGUGUUGGCUCUUUCAGGACGCUCGUCGGUCUCGUGCGACUGAGUUUACGUAAAAACGCGAUCAGUACGGUAGACGAGGACGCGUUUCGCGGUCUCGAUCGAUUGGAGUUUCUCGAUCUAUCGGACAACAGGUUGGCCGACUUGCCGGAUAGUGCACUAACGCCGCUAUAUUCCUUGCAAAAACUAGAUCUUAGCGGUAACCAGCUGCAAGUCUUGGGCGCCAGGUGGUUCGAAAGUCUCGACAGAUUGAGGGAACUCGACGUUUCACGAAAUGGACUGGCUAGAGCAGCCUCGGGAACGUUGCAACCCUUACCGGGAUUAUCUAUUCUAAGGCUAGCGGAAAAUCCGCUAAAGGAGAGAGACGUAUCUCUAUUAUUGGGUACCGGAAGAAGAUUGGAAACGGUGGAUGCGUCUCGUAUUGGGUUAGCGCGAGUUCCAGCGGCUUUGACGCGAUCGGUCAGGGCACUCAGACUCGCUGGUAACAGACUGACUACCAUUCGUAGUGGUGACUUGGAUAGCUAUCCAUUACUGCGUUUGUUGGAUAUCGCCGAUAAUCGUUUGAUGGAUAUCGAGAACGACGCCCUCGGACGGCUGGAAGUUUUGGAAGAGCUCGAUCUAUCAGGAAAUAUGCUUACAAAGGUACCAGGUAGUUUACCGAGUAGUCUCGUGAUGCUUAAAUUGCAGCAAAACGCGAUAACCGCACUGAAACUCGAUGAUCUCAAUGGUCUAUGCAAUUUGCGAUCGUUAAUGUUGAACGAUAAUGCCAUCAAUGAAAUCGACGUGGGCGCGCUCGGUCAACUGCCUUUGCUCGCCGAGCUGGAUCUAUCCGAUAACCCUAUCAAAGCGUUAUCAACUAAUACUCUAAGUGGACCGAGUAAUCUAACGAAGCUACGAAUGUCAGGUCUAACGUCGCUUCAACGACAUCAGGAAGAACAAAGCGAUAUGGCGUUCCCAGUACCGACCCCGGAGCAUUUGGUAAUGUUAGAUGUGUCACGUAGUCCGGUUCUUGCGGGACAGUUACUGGCGGAUGAUGCUGCAUUAUCCGCCUGCAAGAGCCUGAUAGAGCUAAAUCUCUCGGCGACCAACAUCAGCACCGUCAGAUCCGACGUCGCGUACAUGUUGCCGCAGUUGCGCGUUCUUAGGCUCGGGAAGAACAAUUGGAAUUGCACGGAGGAUCUCUACUGGUUAGGCGAGUGGGUCAGACAACACCGCGAACCGAAUCAAGAGUAUCAAACAGCGCGAUGUUCCAAUCCACGAAAAUUGGCGGGAUUAUUUUUGCACGAGCUGCCAUCACCGCCAAAUUUCGUUUCCACGACCGCGGGAAUCGUCGCGACAGCGACGACAAGCACCUCCGUUACCCUAUCUAUCGGCUUCACGCUCGAACAUACGUCGAAUACUGAUCAGCCAAACGUCACGGUGUCUUCCAAUAUCGAAGAUGCGAAUUCCGACGGCAACGUCACGGAUCUUCUCAUGCUAUCUUCCGUAAACGCGAAAACCGAAUCAAAAAUGGUAGCUGACUCGGAUUUUCUCUCCACCGCGGAAACUGUCAGCGCAACGACAGAGCCGAAAAAAACACCGCAAAUCUAUGAGGCGCCGACAUCCUUCCGUAACGUAACGUCGUCCAUCACAACGCGAAUGAGCGAGGAACAGGAACGAAAGAACGAUAAAACAAAUCGUAUCUCGAUGGAUCAGAAUUUAAUCAAGCACAUCGUCGUUCCGACCUCUCGGGCACCGAGCAACCCCAAGCUAUCCAUUAUGAGAAUGGGAGACGCGGAGUCGCGUUCGCAAACUUUCGAUAACCGAGCCGACAGUGGGGUGCGAAAAAAUGACAGGAUGAGCAAAGUUGCCGCGUCAGGCGUCGGCGAAAUCUUCUCGUCGGGAUCUUCGAACGUGGGAAGGAAAAUGAUCGAGAAGCACUCGGGCAGCAUGAACAAUGCAACGGCAAAGGCUAACGUGGCAUCGGACGAGCGCGACUCGAAGACGAUAGCGGAAGAAUUGAACAGCCGAGCAACCGAUUCUGGCGCUAGAGUGUCCGAGGCUUUAUCCGCCGGUGCCCAUCCCGGAAUGUUGGUGUUGGUCGGUGCGGCCCUUGGCGCCGUCGCAGCACUGACCGUCGUGCUUUCACGAAGAGCAACGGUGCACCGGACGGACAGGUAUCAUCGUCACGAGAACAUCGAAGUGCACACUCUCACGCCUACUACCGAGCUUUGGUGACCAGAAUCGGAAUACGUCUGUCUGUUCGAGAGAGACAGGCGGCUAGACACCGAGAAUCGUGACCGAGAGGCGUCGAUUCUGCCUCAACGAUCGACAAGUCCACGAUUGAUCGAUGUGUGUUUGAGGAAGAUCCUCAAGUAACCCAUAGCGUCGGCGAUCGAAAGCGUGCAUCCUAUUAUUGCGACGAGAUCUAAGUGGAUCUGUCGAGGAGAGGUACGAUAACUGAAGUGUUAAUCAGAAAGUUGGAAGGAUUCUCUUGACUGGGGAAACCACGGGGAAAGGACGAGCGACUAAACGUCGAAGUUGGGAACGAGAUACUCCGAGCUAAUCCGUAUCGCUUCGGAAACCGCCAAUACGCCGCGGAUUACGCGAGGAGCAAUAUCAGAAGAAAUUAUUUCGACGUAACUUAAAACUUUGUAUAAUUUGAAACCAACGAAAGGAAGAUGGACAACUGUCGUAAGAUUAUUGUGACUACGAAAAAUCUGCAGUGAUGUAAUUAGAAACGGGAUGUUCGUGUAAAUUCUAACGGAUAUGAACAAAAGUGUUACUUACAAAAUCAAUCUGUAAUUAUGUAUCUGGCUUAUCGAGUUCUUUGAAAAUCGCGCGCGGCUCAGUAUGUAAAGUCAUCCAAACGUCGAUAUCGAUACAGUCUCUCGAUGGAAAGAAUACCCGACGACGACACUGUACAAACUCCAUCAACGAUGGAGAUACGGACGUCAAGUAUUGUAACCAAGACGUUAAAAGCAUGAGCGAGAAUCACCGCGUUAUUUCGUAUAAAUUCUGACGUAUAUAAACACAUUCGGUGCUACACAUGUCCAUCGAGAAACACUAGACGCGUACUAUACGGGCGAAAAACUCGGAGAAAAAAAAUGCGUGUAAAAAAUUCGGUACUACUUCAACAUACAUCGCGGGGGAUCGGCAUCGAAAUCUCGAUCUCCUUUGUAAUAAAUGUCAAUCGUAGGAGAAAAGAUACGAACGAAACUAAACGGUAUUAUAUGCGUGAGAGACUGUAACUGUAAGCCCGUCAAAACCCUCAUUGGUGUUUGAUGUCUUCUGAUUUCGGUAUCGCGCAUACGCAGUCAUCGCAGACGUGUCAUACUUGAGUGGCAAUAACCACAAGCGAGCGGAUUUAACGAUUUAGCUGAUUGGCUUGGAGUCAGACCGAUAAAUUGGACACAGUGACAAUAAUAAUGGUUACAUGCCGCGCCUCAAGAGCUUGACUCUUCGCGGUUCGCUCAAUUCCUGAGGAAACUAUUGUGACUGAAAUGAAGUGCGAGUGUAAUAAAAGUAGGACGAAAGCAUAAAGCUAGAGAAAGAUAGAAAAACGUGAACGUGGUAGAGAAGCAGGUAGGAUAACGCCAAAAUGCAGAAUGUAGGAGAUGAAAAAUUCGCGGUGGCAAAUAGUAUGCUUGAAUGAUGAAACCAGACGGGAGGCCAGAGAGUGUUAGAUGAAAGAAUUUUUAUCGAACGGCGUGUGCGUGUGCGAGAGAUCGAGCGUAAGAGAAAGGGAGAUUAAUUCGAGAAACGCUCGAAUACAGGAAAACGGGAUGUACAGAAAUAUUGCUUCCGUACUUAAUUCCAUUAAGCUUGAUGAGUUGUCAAGACUUCUCAACAAAUACAAAAAUGUAAGAAAGGAUGCGUGCGAGAGAAAGUGAGAGACAGAAAGAACGAGAGCGAGAGAGCAAAUAGACAAAAUAAUGAAGAGGCUAAAUAUUAUCUUUCUUAAAAUAACCAGUGUCAAAGUACCGCUAUAAUAAUAAACCAAUGUACAAAGAUGC